AAUCUCAACCUGCUCUGCAACAGAUUCGCAACUUGCAAGAGAGAGGCAUGGAGUUCCUGACUGUACCAUCGUCCUACUACAAGCAACUUCGGGAGAAUCUCAAGACAGCCAAGAUCCGGGUGAAGGAGAGCAUUGACGUGCUGGAGGAGCUGCAAAUCCUGAUGGAUUAUGACGAGAAAGGCUACAUCCUUCAGAUCUUCACCAGACCCAUGCAGGACAGGCCUACACUCUUCCUGGAAGUCAUCCAGCGCCACAACCAUCAGGGUUUUGGAGCUGGCAACUUCAACUCGCUGUUCAAGGCAUUGGAGGAUGCGCAGGAGCUCCGAGGCAACCUCACCAAUUUGUAGUUCGCGGGGAUGUUGGUCAGCACACAGGACACGCCCACCACAAGUCAUGCCCCUAACCUGGAAUUGCUCAACCCUUCCACUGGCAUCUCCCUUCAGACCCCGCCCACCAAACGACUUCCUGGCGCAAGGCUCCACCUAUCCCAUGACCACGCCCUCUUACUCGAUCUGUUCCUGCCCUCCAGAGUAAGGAGUAAAGCACACUCAGUACAA